CUAGAAUCCCAUAGGGACAUUAGAUAAAUAUUUCAUUUUGCUGCUCCGUUAAAUAUCAGUGUGCAUCAUGUGAUACUAUGUUAUUUCUGGGAGCCCUAUUAAUAUUUUCGCUUUUUGUUUAAAAUGGUGUGGUGUUGUUUUGGUGACAGUGAUAGCGUUAUUUCCCUGUCACGCAUUAGUGGAGGAAACACGAUUCGCAAAGUUUUGCCACGUCAGGAUAAACACAGUUGCAAAUACAAAGAUACCACAUAUGGUUGUGUACAUUAUCUAGGUAGAGGAACUAUUGCGAAUUUCCAUCUACCAUUCCAGAGCUCCAAGCUCUAACUGCGGGGUCAACUGCCGUAACGGUUGCCGACGAUUCACUGCUCUUAUCGCAGUAACUACUGUACUAACAGGGAGGAUUGCAGGCCAGGAGCUCGAGAAACUAAGAAGUCGGCAUCUUACUAGAAAUGGAAACAAAGUACAACCUGAGGAGCCCUGGAAAGUGUAGGCCGGAGAGCCCCAGACCACAUGGACACCAGACAGGCCUAAGCUGUUAAACGACUAAUGAAAGAAGCUGCAGAAUUAAGAGAACCUACUCAGCACUUUCAUGCACAGCCUUUAGAAGACAAUCUAUUUGAGUGGCACUUUUCAGUCCGAGGACCUCCAGAUUCCGACUUUGAUGGGGGAGUUUAUCAUGGUCGAAUAGUUUUACCUCCUGAAUAUCCGAUGAAACCUCCUAGUAUUAUUCUCUUGACACCUAAUGGAAGGUUUGAGAUUGGAAAGAAGAUUUGCUUGAGCAUAUCUGGUCAUCAUCCUGAAACUUGGCAACCAUCAUGGAGCAUAAGAACAGCUCUUUUAGCCAUCAUUGGAUUUAUGCCAACUAAAGGUGAAGGUGCUAUAGGGUCUCUUGACUACACUCCCGAAGAAAGAAAAUGUUUAGCUAAAAGGUCACUGGACUUCUGUUGUGAUGUUUGUAAUGCAUGUAUGAGGACAACAUUGACACCAAUGACUGUGGAUAGCAGUUCCAGCAAGACUGACAUGGAGGCCAAGGAGCUAGCAAGGCAAAUCAGCUUCAAGGCGGAAGUUAAUUCCACUGCCAAGCCUGAAGUUGCAUCUGCUCAGACUCUGGCCUCGAGUAAUGUUUUUCAAGGUGUAAACACUCCAACACAAGAAGUGCCUACAACAGUGAAUGAACCAAAGAAUACUAAUGAAAGCACUAUCCAGGAACCUGCCCAGCAUACAACUACCAAUAGGUCCAUGAGUCCUCGACAACGUCGUGCUCAGCGGCAAAACCAGCAAGCAAGAGUGUCACCUGCCCCAGUUCAAGUUCAACAGCCAAUAGUCAAUACCAUUAACACUGGAUCUACUAUGCUGAUUGCUGUACUUGCAUUAGCUUUAGCAGCUCUUAUCUUUCGAAGAGUCUAUUUGGCCAAUGAAUACAAAUUUGAUUAUGAUUUGUAACAACUUCCAUUAAUAGACAAAUGGACUGCAUUAACUGACUUAAAACAUUUUGUAUUCUGCAUCACACAAGUGUUUACUUAAGGUUUAAUCUUGUUUAAUUUGUAGCUGCUUUUUACACCCAUGCAAUUAUAUGGAUUAUUGUAAUACCUCUAAAGAGGCUCCUCUGAAGUUUAACUGCAUGUAAACUACAUUGGUGAUGCUUCAUAUCUCAGGUCUGCCACAGAGUAUAAGUUAUUGAUUAAGAAAAAAACCUUUUAGGGAGCAGCCUAUAGUUUGCAUAAGAAAGAGUGUAACUGAAGUUUGAAGUUAGGAGUGAAGUUCAAUGGGCAUUAGCUAUAUAGUGAAGAUAAUACUGCUGUUGAAAUUAAAUGUUGCUAACCUUGGGAUAGGAGUGGAAGCUUGAGGGACCAUUUUAUUUUUUUAAGCUUCCUGUGUUUUUCCAAGGGAUAAUGAAUAAUGGUGUUUGAAUAUCUACUGAGAUGAGCUUAGCAGAUCCCACCACCGUAAUUGCCCUUUAAUUCCAACAUUGGCAAAACAUUCACAGAUUCAUUGAGCUUGCUAAAGUUUGCACUUUCCAGUGUGUUAUUUUCGAGAGGCUUGUGAUAUAAAACUUUGGCAUGCUUUAUCAUCUGGGUUUCCCAAAUGCCACUUACAGGCUAGAGAAGAAAAAGAAAAAAAUAUAUACAAUUUUGAUUGUACCAUGGUUUAAAUGACUUUACUUCUUAUGAUACUGUUGAUGAAAUGAUAGCUUGAGACAAUUACAAAAUAGACUAAAGUGCUUUUAGCAUUUGAUUUUUGAACUUGGAGGUACAAUUAAAAAUGACCCUUCGUCUUGAGACAAAAUAGUCUGCUCCAUUCACACAGGAAUAAAGGUACGAGUACGACCUGUGUAGUCCAGAUUUCAUUACUGGCUUAGACACUGUUAGAGCCGAUGUGAGGGAAGGGGAGGAGUGACAGAGCUUUGCCUGCCUGCUUCUUUCUUGGUUGGAGAUGACUGGAUGCAUGACAUGCUUUGGAGCAUUUGUUUCAUGGCUGAAUUUCUGAUGAAGACCGAAAAUUAUGUGGAGGUGCUUUUCCACAGGGGAGGCUGCUUGAACAUGUCGCACUAAGAUGUGCACAGUUAUGUCACAAGUACCAUUGCAUGUCAACUUCUCGGGUUAACAGAAUGCACAGUAGGGAUCAUGAUCAGCCACCGAAAGCUGCUGCAUUUUGAUGACUGCUGCCAAGUCUCUCCACUCCCAAGUUGCUGGGAUCUAGUUCACCAUCCACACUUAUCAUGACCAGCUUCCUGCCUGGCAAGGGAUAGACCUAAAAACUGUCCCAGUAUUGGAUACUGUAAAGCCUCCAGUUAAUAACAGAGCUAGGACAUUUCACAAUUGAUUGGCGGCAGAGACAUGAUGGAGCCAUGGCCUAGGAGCAGGACUGGAGUCAGCGGUGGCUGUAGCCAUAUGCAGCCACAGUGAUGUAAGUAAAGAAUGAUGAUGCUGAUCCCUAAUAGGGAGGUACCUGCAUUCAUUAGGGUGGCUGGUGUUUCUUUCAGUUUGUUCCGAUUCUGUCAGUAUCCUAUGCUGUGAAUAAACAGCAUCAUGUUUGCUCUGUAAAUGCUGUAGUUAUAAGUUUUGUUCUGCCUAUGAUUUCAGUUCAGAAAAUAUUUUAACCUUGAAAGGAAAAAACAUACACUCAGUGUUCAGUACAUUAACUUGCCAGCAUACCUGAUGGCUAUUCUAAGUUCAGAAUUUUCAGGAUUAUUGGAACUGUCUUAAAACUUGUGAGCUUUCUGACCUGCAUAACCUGUAUAGCUGUCUUUUGGUUGAAAAAAAUGGAUAUGUAUAUAUGUAGCAAAUGUGAUGCAAAUAUAUAAAUAUGUAAAAAGAUUUUGCUUAAAGGUUAUGGUAUUUUAAUAAUUCUGAAAAUAAAAAAAAAUGUCAUCA